UGAAAAAAAAAUAAAAACUAAAAAUCCGUGGAAAUUAAUUUUAAUAUUUGGUGAAAGAUGCCAUGAAAGUGAUUCCACAAUGAUUGCGUUUGGCAGACUCACAAUGAUAAAUAGAAGGCAGAUAUCACAUAAUACAUCCAUCGAAUUCUCAGGUGGUUGAAAUGAACGACCAAUUUUCAAUGGCCGUUCAUGGCGGCGACACAAAGUUUCACGACAAGUUUUCAGAGUCCAAAUUUCUUACCUUUAUCGGUGCCCAUGAAAUUUUCACAGUGGAGACGUGGAAAGCAGCUUUGGUAGAGUUAAUUGCAACUGGUGCACUAAUGUUCACCCUAACGAGUUGCACAAUUGCAUGUUUGGAAUCACACGAGUCCGAUCCCAAGCUUCUUAUUCCCUUUGCAGUGUUCAUCAUAGUGUUCUUGUUUUUAAUUGUGAUAGUUCCUCUAUCCGGGGGUCAUAUGAACCCUAUUUUCACGUUCGUUGCGGCUCUAAAGGGUAUUGUCACCCUUUCUCGUGCUCUCCUUUACGUCCUGGCACAGUGCAUUGGCUCAAUAAUUGGUUUCUUUGUACUAAAGAGUGUGAUGGAGCCAAAAUUAGCACACACUUAUUCUCUGGGAGGUUGUGCGAUUGGUGACAAAGGACAAGGUUCUUCCAUAAACGCGCAGGAUGUUUUGUUGUUGGAAUUCUCUUGCACGCUUCUGGUACUCUUUGUCGGUAUCACGCUGGCAUUUGAUAAGAAAAGGAGCAAGGAAUUGGGCUUUCCAAUGGUGUGUUUCGUGGUAGCAGCAUCCCUCGCACUCGCAGUUUUUCUGUCGUUAACUGUAACAAGGAGGCCUGGUUAUGCAGGUGCGGGCCUCAACCCGGCAAGAUGUUUGGGCUCGGCGUUACUUCACGGAGGCUCACUAUGGAAUGGGCAUUGGAUUUUCUGGGUCGGGCCUUUCUUGGCCUGCAUAAUCUAUUACAGUGUCUCCAUUAGUUUACCAAAGAAGGGUUUGAAUUGGGUGGAUGGAGAAUAUGAUAUCUUCAACUUGGCUAUGGGUUUUUGUGGAACCAUCCCUAACACUUCCGUUUUAAACGAUCUUCCAUGA